AUGAGUAGUAGUGCUAUGUGGAAGUUUUUUGAAAAGAAGAACAAGAAUGAAGCAAAGUGCAAGUUGUGUAUUAAAACAUUGAAAACAUGUGCGUCGUCUAAUUUAGAAACAAUAAAUUUAUCGGAGAGGCAUACGGCAGAAUAUAUACAGGAUAAACUAAAAUAUGUAAUACAGGAAUGGGGCCUGGAUAUAAAUAAAAUAACAGCUAUUAUCACCGAUCACGGCACGUCAGAUAAGCUGAAAAAGGCUCAAUGUGAAAGUUCACAUGAGCCUUUGAAGCUCAUUUUAGAUGUGAAAACAAGGUGGAAUUCGUGUUACUAUAUGCUAGAAAGAUUUUUAAAAUUAGCUCCAUAUGUCGCACAAAUUACAAUUAGUGAUGCGAAUGCUCCCGUCAUUGUAUCAGCGGCUGAAGUUGAAACAAUUAGAGAAUUAUCUAAUUUACUGCAGCCGCUGGAGUAUAUAACUAGAGAAUUAUCCGGUGAAUACUAUAUUACGGUGUCGAAGGUUAUACCUCUAGUUAAUUGCCUUCUUGCACAACUGCGCGCGAUACAACCAAAAUCGCGCCUUUGUGUCAAAUUAAAACAAGCUUUAAUUGACACUGCAAGCAAGCGGUUUUUGAAUUUGGAAGAAAAUUUACCAAUGGCUAUAGCCACACUGUUAGAUCCUCGCUUUAAGAAUUUACAUUUUAAAAACGCCAAUGCUGCCUCAAAUGCAAUGAAUGCGCUGAGAAAUCAAAUUUGUUUGGACAACUCUACAACAAGUUUAGAUAUUGAUGUCACGCCAGACAGUUUCGACUUUUGGCAGUUACACAAAAAAAUAGCAUCAGAGAAAAAAAAGGAAAUAAAAGGCGUGAUGAAAUAG